AUGGGUCGGCUCGACCGGAGGGAUACCACGGCCUCACAGAAAACUGGCGGUUCUUCAGCAACAGAACUGUUGAACUCUCAAGAGCGGGGUGCUCUAGUGAAGCAUGCCUUAGAAUCGGCUCGUGCGGAACCUGGCGACGAGCAUGCACUGGAACCUGCCCUCACCUUACGACCUGGACAGAGUAUUGUGCCAGCGUGUGUAAGCAGAGGAGUAGUAGCAAGUAUGUUCCCGCUACACGAGAGGAAUGCUCUGGAGAACCUUAGGAAGAAAUGGGUGAAAACGCUGUUUUCUCCACAACCUAUUGAUGAGAUUAGUGAAUAUUUCGGCGUUAAGAUAGCGAUGUACUUCGCUUGGCUUGGCCACUACACGCGGUCGUUAACAGUGCCCGCGGCUGUCGGCUUCAUAUUUUGGAUUUGGCUCGGCACAGCAAACGAGAAUUGGAAGGACAUAGCUUAUGUAUUAUUUUCCCUGUUCAACGUACUUUGGGCGUGUGUGUACUUGGAAACUUGGAAAAGGUAUUCAAACGUGCUCGCUUAUAAAUGGGGAACACUGGAUCAGAGGGAUGAGUUACUGGUUGAACCAAGGCCAUUAUUUGAGGGCGAGAUGAGUACAAGCAGCGUGACGGGCCGGCCGGAGCCGGUGUACGCGGCGUGGCGGCGGCGUGCGUGGCGGCACUGCGUGUCCGUGCCCCUCAUGGGACUCUGUCUCUCCGUCGCCGCCGCCGCUACCUUCGCCCUGCUUAGGGCACAGUUUCAAUUCGUCAACUCGUUCAUGAGUUUAUUUUAUAUAGCGUUCUACCUGCAGGAUAUGGAUAAAUUAAAAGAGCAACUAGCAGUAUUGUUGAUAACUCGACAAGUAAUCGGUAACUUGAAAGAGUCGGCUUUACCGUAUCUUAUUGAGAAUCUGAGGCUUGCCAAGAUCUGCGUCGACGUAUUCGGUGCCAUCAGCCCUAGUAAAAUACCAACGUCAGCCCAGUUAACUGAGUUAUUCGACAAGAAAACAGACUCUUCAGGCGAUCCUCCAGAGAAUAGCUUGGUGAACGGCGGUACGGACAAGGAGAAGGAUGAUAGAAGGGACUCGGAGCCUAUUGUCGGACAGAAGGUCAUACAUCAGGCUGAGUUGGAAUCGCAGCUGUUUAAAUACGAUGGCACAUUUGCGGAAUACUUGGAAAUGCUAACACAGCUAGGCCACGUAGUUCUCUUUUCGUCCGCGUUCCCUUUGGCAGCAGUGUGUGCUCUGCUCAAUAACGCGGCUGAGAUCAGAGCUGACGCCUUCAAGCUGUGCCACGUCGCUCAAAGGCCUUUUGGUGAACGGGUCAAGAGUAUUGGGAGCUGGCAGCAUGCAAUGGAAGCGAUGGUUGCGGUCGCCGUUCUAGUGAACUGCGCGCUUAUAGGUCUCUCCGGCCCCGUGCACCGUAUGCUACCAGACGCAACACCGGCGCAGACCAUACUCGUCAUUGUGGCGCUUGAGCACGUAAUUCUGGUGAUAGUAUUGGCUCUGCGCAUCGCUAUACCCGAGAUACCGGCGUGGUUGGCUACUGAGAUGGCCAAAGUCGAGUUCCAGAGACGAGAGGCCAUUAAAAACGCCCACGCUCCGCUUAUGUCUGAAUGUACGAGUCAAGACGACGUUCGUCCGUCAGCUCGAAACACCCCGAGGACAGUGACACCCACUACACCGAAGCAGCCAGCCAGCGACAAGGCAAUAGCUGAUAAGAAGAAACUCUUUAUUGGGAAAAUACCUGAAAUACCGCCCUUCAGGCCUAAGGCGGCGUCCAUAACGACGACGUCGGAUCCGCCUGUGACCGUGACCGGUUCCCUACAAGCGUUGCCUGACGUCAGUCCUACCAAGCCUAUAAGACGUAAGGAAGCGACGCCAGGUGCUCCCCUCUCUCUUUUGGGCGUCCGUGGGCUUAGAGACGAACCCUUACACAGGUCCGCGCAUUGUAUCCCACAUCCCACGCAGCAUCGACCGCUUGUCAACCCCACGUUACAGGAGUUGUCAGGUAGUGUAAGCGCAGGGGGUUCGGAACCGGACUUGAACGCAGUGCCUUCGUCUGCACCCUCGAUCGACGCGAGCGCCACCUCCAGUGAAGAUGAUAAACCUAAGGAUAAAGGCAGUCGUUCCCGCGCGAAGGCGGCGCUGGUGAAGCGCGUGCGUUCGGUGGCCGUGUUCUCGCUCGGGCUGCGGCGCGCGCGCGAGGCCGCCGCCCACUCACACGCACACAUAGCGCGCUCGCCCGUCAACACGCCCAGUCUUCCUGCGCCGAUGCUGGGCGGCGAACUAUCUCUCAUCCCAAUAGAGCAACUCAUACAAGUAGAAGAUGUCAAACCGCGCACCACCUAGCCUGGUAACAAACUCCUUUUUUACAUACUCCCCUGGUACUUUAGGCGCAAUCAGUUGUUGAAUAGUUAUUAUUAGUUUUUUUUUGUUUAAUG